AUUAACAGUCCAAUGAUGUACUUUUCAUCUAACCAGGCCCUAGGAAGGCAUGAAUGGCCCGAGCGUCAGCGAGCGAGUGACGAGUGCAUUUAUAUAUGUACACACAAGAAAAAGACAGAUAUAAAAGAGACAGUCCAACGCACGGGGCAGGUUCUCGCACUGUUUUCCUCGGACUUUCCGCUCUCAAAUCACCCCUCCCGGUCCGAUCAGAUCACCUUCUCAAGCCGACCAGAUAUGUCGACUGUGACGCUUCCCACAUAUUGCGCGCUCAAAUGCACGCUCCCAGACAGACCCUCCGCCUUCAUUAAGAGCCCAAGUUCCUUGGCUUCCACAAGGAGCGUCACGAAAGCCUUUGGCUUGAAGUCUUCCGCCUCCUUCAGAGUAUCUGCAAUGGCAGUGCACAAAGUGAAGCUGAUCGGACCAAAUGGGGAAGAGAACGAGUUUGACGCGCCAGAUGACCAGUACAUCCUCGACUCCGCUGAGGAUGCUGGGAUCGAGCUUCCUUAUUCGUGCAGAGCUGGGGCGUGCUCGACCUGUGCAGGCCAGAUGGUCUCGGGAGAGGUGGACCAAUCGGACGGCUCCUUUCUCGAUGAGAAGCAGAUGGAGAAUGGCUAUGUGCUGACCUGCAUCUCAUACCCAAGAGCCGAUUGCAUGAUUCAUACCCACAAGGAGGGUGAUCUUUAUUGAUCAAGUUAAAGAACUGCAAUGCUUGUUAUUUUUGUCUAUUGGAAAGAGAAUUUGUGCCUGAAUUGGGUUCUGGUCACAACCUGAGCUUCAUGGAUUUCGGUGCUUUCUUGGUGUUUUUGCAGUGACAAUUCUUGUUCUAAAUUAGUCUUUUGGCCUGUGUUAGUCUUGAAGUCGGAUAUUAGUUGUUAUGUUUU